UAGUAUGAAACUGAAUAAACUUGAGAAUUUUUAUGUCGUUCUUUACACAUCUUCCUGUUCUUUAAAAUGACUACUUAAAAAAAAUUCACCUUACCUAUGUUGUAAAAGCUUUGUGAAAUUAUCACUACUGUGGCUUAGAUUUUCAAGUUUAAAAAAUGUUUUAUUUGUAUGUCAGUGAUAUGCAGAGCAUGGUGCUAGGUGCUAUGAGGAAUACCAGACUGGAUAACUCCUAAGCUCAGUGAUGCCCUGUGCUCAAGGAAUUAAUGGUGCAACAUGUAAAACUAGCAAUGGAAAGGAUAAGAGAAGUAACCAUGUGGUUAGUUGAGUGGUAACUUGAAGAUUGCUAUCAUUAGCUAGUUACUGAAGUAAGGAAACUCCAAGCUCCGUAGUAAUGCCAUUACCCUACUUUCAUUGCUUAGAUUGGCUUAUCUUGGGAGCUACCAGGUGUUGCUCAUCCUGAAGAUCAGGUAACCAGACAUCAGCCAUGUCAUCAAGGCCUCUUGAAAGUCCACCUCCUUACAGACCUGAUGAAUUCAAACCGAAUCAUUAUGCACCAAGCAAUGACAUAUAUGGUGGAGAGAUGCAUGAUCGACCAAUGCUGUCUCAGCCAGCAUAUUCUUUCUACCCAGAAGAUGAAAUUCUUCACUUCUACAAAUGGACCUCUCCUCCAGGAGUGAUUCGGAUUCUCUCUAUGCUCAUUAUUGUGAUGUGCAUUGCCAUAUUUGCCUGUGUUGCUUCCACACUUGCCUGGGACAGAGGCUAUGGAAGUGGCUUACUGGGAGGUUACCCUUAUGUAGGAAGUGGCUUUGGUAGCUAUGGAAGUAGCUAUGGGUAUGGUUAUGGCUAUGGCUAUGGAGGAGGCUACACAGAUCCGAGAGCAGCAAAGGGCUUCCUGUUGGCCAUGGCUGCCUUUUCUUUCAUUGCUGCAUUGGUGAUAUUUGUUACCAGCGUUAUAAAAUCUGAAAUAUCCAGAACAAGAACGUAUUACUUGGCUGUGAUAAUAGCGAGUGCCAUCCUGGGCAUCAUGGUGUUUAUCGCCACAAUUGUCUACAUAAUGGGAGUCAACCCAACUGCCCAGGCUUCUGGAUCUAUUUACAGUUCUCAAAUAUAUGCUCUCUGCAACCAGUUUUACACAUCUGCAGUUACUGGACUCUACAUGGAUCAAUAUUUGUAUCACUACUGUGUGGUGGAUCCCCAGGAGGCCAUUGCCAUUGUACUGGGGUUCCUGGUUAUUGUGGCUUUUGCUUUAAUAAUUUUUUUUGCUGUGAAAACUCGGAGAAAGAUAGACCGUUACGACAAGUCAAAUAUUUUGUGGGACAAGGAGCGUGUCUAUGACGAGCACCCCCCCAAUGUCGAAGAGUGGGUUAAAAAUGUUUCCGCAGGCACACAAGACAUGCCCCCGCCACCGUCUGAUGUGGAAAGAAUUGAUGGUUCCGUGGUAUACUCUUUCAAUGGGAAAGUGAAUGACAAGCGGCCCUACCCAGACUCUUCCUACAAGUCAACACCGGUGCCUGAGGUGGCUCAGGAGCUUCCCCUGACUUCACCUGUGGAUGACUACAGACAGCCUCGUUACAGCAGCAGCGGUAACUUUGAGACGCCUUCAAGAUUGGCUUCCACGAAGGGAAGAGCAGGGAAGUCAAGGAGAACAGAGCAAGACCACUAUGACACAGACUACACAACAGGCGGCGAGUCGUGCGAUGAGCUGGAGGAGGACUGGAUCAGGGAAUAUCCACCUAUCACUUCAGAUCAACAAAGACAACUCUACAAGAGAAGCUUUGACACUGGCCUGCAGGAAUACAAGAGCUUACAGGCAGAACUCGAUGAGAUCAGUAAAGAGCUCUCUCGUCUGGAUAAAGAAUUGGAUGACUAUAGAGAAGAAAGUGAAGAGUACAUGGCUGCUGCUGAUGAAUACAAUAGACUGAAGCAAGUGAAAAGAUCUGCAGAUUACAAAAGUAAGAGGAAUUAUUGCAAGCAGUUGAAGAGCAAAUUGUCACACAUCAAGAAGAUGGUUGGAGAUUAUGAUAAACGGAAAACAUAGAAAGCAGAUGUCAUCUUGUUUGAGAGAUGGAGUAUCUGUCUGAUAUCUCUGCAGUGUUCUCUGUCAGGCAAAUGACUUUGGACUCGAAACCUGGGAGGUCAAACCUUUGUGAUCAUUACAAAGUUUUGAUAGCUUUAAUAUCAUCACUAUAGUAUCAGUAUUGAAGUGUUUUAUAAAUGGCUUUGAAAAUCAACGGGGCUGAACACUCCAAUUAAGGAUUUUAUGCUUUAAACAUUGGUUUUUGGAUUAAGAACUAAAUACUGUUGGAGGUUUUUAAACCUGAAAGGAAGGUCCUGGUGUGAACUGUGCUGUGAACUUUAACACCCUGGGCGUGUCUUAAUGAUAAUAUGUAAGUGCAGUCACACAGGUGAUCUCAUUUAAUCCUCCCAGCUACUCUUCAGAUAACUGCUAUUUAUAAUCUUCCUUUUGUCAUGUAAGAAAACUGGGUUCCUGCAUUGAAGUAUCUAAAGUGAAACUGCUUGUUUGCCAGCUUGCAGUUUUGGUGAAGUCUUUUUUAUGACCCCACUAAUAAAGCCCUUGGUCCCCCCUGUUUUAGCUAGCGUGUACUGCAUCCUGCCAGUCGCCCCGACUGCCUGUGUAAGUGGUUAAAAAGAACUUAUCCUUGUUCUCUGUUGCUCUAAUAAAGCUCAUGUAAAAUUAACAAAUUUUAAGAUUGUAAAUAUGUACUUCUAUAAAAUCAAAAUUUAAACUUAGA